CUCACCAAAUCAAAAUUCCAUUUUUUACUCCAUAUUCCGGCCUAUAUCCGAAGGUUUGGGCCACCUAUCUUGUUCUCAACUGAACACUUCGAAUCCUUCAACCACGUCUUCCGACUCAGCUGCGUUCAUAGCAACCGUCAAGCUCCGAGUCGCGACUCAUGCAACGUGUUUGCAUACAAUGAUAUUCUCAAGCAUGUCGCUACUGGGGGUUUUGGAUGGAGUCGA